AUGGUGGCCGAGAUGCAACCUCCUCUGGACAUGAACACGAAACCUGUGUUGAGAUUAUUUCGACUUCGGAUUUACAGCCUUUGGUGGAAGACACCAAGGCGACCAAGGCCAAAAGAACCGCCCUUUCGAUUGACCGACUCGGAGGAUCUCACCGGUGCUGCUCAGCAACUUGUCAAUGCUGCUGUAGACCACGGCCUUGAGAAGUUCCGAAACUCCAACAUUAUGGAUCUGAUGCGCCGGAUCGCCAAUCAGGAGGUUGUCAUUCAGGACCGCUGCGAUACCCGAUUACAGCAGAUACUGAAGUACGAUACCAGUGCAUCAUACCGGGAAACACUGCUGGUUCAACAUAAUUAG